CCACCCUUCUCACCCAUCUCCCCCCCCCCCCCAGCACCAUGGAGCCGCAGCUGGGCCCCUAUGCCCCCCUGUACCCCCCCGCCAGCCCCUUCCCCACGGUGGGGCAGCCCCACUGGGAGCCCCGGCCCCCCGAGGCCCCCCCCGGGCCCUGGGGCCCCCCCCGGGGUGAGGGACCCCCCGGCCGCCUGGACCCCUUCUCCCAGGCCUUUGCCGGCCGUCUGCCGGGCAAGGCCUGGGGGGCCGGGACCCCGGUGGCCGGGGAGGUCACCCCCCCCCUCGGGCUACCUGCCCCUGCCCUAUGGUGGCCCCCCCCACGAGGAGCCGCCCCCCGCUUGCCUCUAUCAGGACCUGCAGCCCCCCCCCUGCACCCCCCCUGCACCCUUCCAGGGCCCAGCCCCGCAGGGACUGGGGGGGGCCGAGGGCUUCGCCGGACUCCUGGGUCCCCCGGACUGGGUGUCCGAUGGGGCGCGAUGCUACCAGGACCCCAACCGCUAUUUCAGGGGUGCCGAGUUGCCUUUCCCUGGGGUCCCCCCAUGGCCGGGAGGGGCCUUGGGGGAGACGGGGGGGGGCUGCGAGCUGAGCCCCCCCUGGGCAGAGAGCACGGCUCCCCCCGAGGCCCCACCAGCCCCCCCCAGCAGGGGCUGGGCCCCCCCCCUACCGAAGCCGCUUGGGGCUGGGGGGGGGCCCCCCACGGUACCGGCCGCCCCCCAUGUUGGACCCGGGGCGUGGGGGGCCGGGGCUGUUUGGGGGGCUGCUGGCAGGGGGCAGCCCCCCCAGGGCCGCCGACCCCCAGCACCUCUUGCCUCCGCAGAUCAACGUGGGCCCCGGCUUCCAGGCAGCCGUGCCGGCGGCAGCGGGGGGGGGGCUGCGGGCAGGACCCCCCCGGGGGGGCCACGCUGGCCUGGAGCCCCUGGCCCGGGCUGGAGGGGGACCCUGAGACUCAGCAGCAAGUGGAAACCUUGCUGGACCUGGCCUGCUCCAGUGCCCUUCCCGGGGGGGGCACCAACCGGGAGCUGGCCCUGCACUGCCUGGCCCGCGCCGACGGCAGCCUGACGGGUGCCCUGGAGCUGCUGCUGCUGGGGACGCCAGCCUGGCCGCGGGCAGACCCCUUAGCUGGGUACCACUACACCGGCAGCGACACCUGGACCCCCCGGGAGCGGCGGCUCUUCGCCAAGGCCCUGGCGCGGCAUGGGAAAGACUUUACACGCAUCCAGCAGGCGGUGCCCUCCAAACGGACGACGCAGUGCGUCGAGUUUUACUACCUGCACAAGUCGCGGCUGGGACGGGCGCGGAGGCAGAUGCCAUCCGAAGCCCUCGGCUCCCGCUUCCCCUGCAAGCUCUGCGGCAAAAUCUUCCCCAAGAUCAAGAGCCGCAAUGCCCACAUGAAGAUCCACCGGCAGCAGGAGGGCUGGGGGGGGUCCCAGUUCCUGCCCCCCCCGUGGCCCCCUGUCUCCCCUACCGUGGGGGGGGGGCACGCAGCAGCCCCUGGUGUGAGGCGCCCACCGCCCCCCCCGGAGCAGGAUGUCUCCCCCCAGACACGGACGAGGACGGAGCGGGAGAGUUUAUUGCGGAGAUGACACUCGGCCGGGGAGCCCCGUGGGAAAAGGGGGGGACCCCCACGGAAAGGGGGGACCCUGUCGAUAAAUAAAGUCCGAGCGUCCCCG